AUGAAUGCUGGUGUUUAAUGUAAAGAACUGCAGGACUAUGGGACUGACUCCCGUGCUUCUCAGCUCUACUAGCAGAAAGCUGAGUGAAAAGACCAGCUCUCGUGGGAUCUUGACCCACGGUGACAUUCUGUUAACAGUGACAGAUGGUAAACACAAGAAAACCCACCAGGCUCGCUCCGUUAACAAAGGCUCCUUUCUCCGAGCCCCCCCGCCGAGUUACGGGAAGGGUUAAAGAGCUCCCCUCGGAUGCUCUGACUAACAAUGUCACAGUCAUGGGCGGUAAAACAGUGGCCUAUUGAGGCCCGAGCGCGGCUGAGGAGGAGUGAGCGCAGCGAGCCACCAGGCAGGGCUGUCCGCACCGCAGAUCUGCUUCCUCGACGGGAUGGCUGUCAGCGCAACUCUGCUUCGGCUGCGCUGGACCCUCUUCUGUGCGAUGGCAGUGACCCGGUCAGUGGCGAAGUCCGAAACGGUGACAGAGGGAGACUCUGUCCUGCUGUCUUGCCGCUACUCGGUGAAGCGAUACGGUGUGAGCAACGUGUGCUGGGGGCGUAGCUGCGGGACGCUCUGGUGCAACGGGAUCCUGGCUCAGGCCGACGGCAGCGGUGUCAUCUCCAAGGUUUCAGACCACUACCGCUUUGCUGGUGACGUCCUUGCUGGAGAAAUGGACCUCCACAUACCGAAAGUGACCCUCAGGGACAGUGGACAGUACUGCUGCAGGGUGGACAUUGAUGGCUACUUCAAUGACAAGAAGGUAUCCUACACACUGAGAGUUGUGAAAGCUCCGGUAGUGACGGCGCUCUCUGUGGCCACCGAUGCCUAUGUGACAGAACGAGCUCCUCCCACAGAAGGGCGGCUGGGAAUGGAGUCGUCGCUUCCGGAGGCCAAAAAAUGGAACUCCAGCCCUUCCGCGUCUGGAGUGAUUGAGGAGGACCCCCUUCCGGAACCUUCUCUCCGGAUCAACGUCUCUGUGCUCUCGUUCUCCCUCAGUGUCCUCCUGCUGCUGCUGGCCCUCCUGGGGCUGCUGGCAGUCAAACGGGAGGUGCAGAAAAGACGCCUCGGAAAGGGAAGCCAGACACCUGUGGAGCCACCUCACAUCAUCCAUGAGAUCCAGACCAGAAAGCCGGUGGAGGAGAACAUCUACACCCUAGACUGAGUCGGCACGGACCGUCACUCCUCCGGACAGAAGGCUUCGGGGUGGACGGUGCCUGAGUUUGUCUGCAUGACCCUACAUUCUGGAAAACGAAAUCCCGAAGGUCGACUCACAUCUUCCCGUCCAAAAAUGUGUUUGAUCAGGAGGAAGAAUAAUCAUGGAAACCAAAGUUUCUCGUUUUCCCAGAAAAGUCUGUUAGCGUUUAAACCCUCAUGAGUGUCGUCUAAUUAUUAGGAACUGUGUGUUUGUGUGUGUGUGUGUGUGCGCGUGCGUGCACUGACCAGUAACAUUACUCGUUGUUAUUUUGAAUUAACAUACGUUUUCUGGAAAGUUCUGGAAGCGAGACGAGAGGGAAUGCAGCAGGUAACAAACGUGCUCAGGAUGCAGCCUUGAAUCAAAAGGCUAUCAGUCCCACUAAAUUUCCUGCGGCACCUUUGAAAAAGGAUCUUUGCCCGAACUAUAAAUAAACAGGAGUGUAAAUAUUACUGUGAAAUUCCGAAGCUCUUUAAGUAACUUUGGAUAAAACGCAUCUUCUUAACGACUGCGAUCACAUAACUGUAAAGUCAGAUUGCUUAUAAUCGAACCCCUGUCCUGGGCAAAGGAAUCGCUAUGUCAGCUCACAGACAACACUGUGUCAACACCCAAAGGAGCAGCAGGUGGUGCGGUGGUUAAGGAACCAGAAGGUUGUUGAUUCAAGGCCCGCUCUGCGCUACUGCUGCUGCAUCCUUGAAUGUAGUGUUUGUUCAGCUCCAAAAACACACUUCUGUGGAUCAAACACUAUGAAUGAAAGCUUGAUGUGAGCAGGAGACAAUAACAGACACAGGAUGACGAGCAAAUAAUGUUGUCUUACUCAAAGAAAUUCUUUUCCGCAUAAUUAACAGUGUACAUUAUAAUAAAACCAUUUUUCACGUGGUUGUUGGUGCAAUUCUAACACUUCGUGGAGACACUGACCUCUACAGCAAUUUUGAAAGCAUCCGAUUCAGCCUCCUGUAGGUGA